AUGUACGGCUCAUUUCUAGUAGCCGCUGUCUGUUGCCUGUUCGUCGGAAACACGGUAGCGGCCCCGUUUGAGGCGAAACAAUCCGACCUGCGAGAUUUCACCUUCGACGAAAUCAUCCCGAAUCAGUUCGGUCUGCGGGGAUUCAACGGAACGUGGUUGUCCGGCAAUGAGUUGCUUUACCGUCAGUCAUCUACGGGGGAUUACGUCAAAUGGAACGCCGACACCGGGGAUAGCGUCGUAUUGCUAACAAGCGCCGCUUUGACCCAAUUCCGGGGAGCAUCGGUACAGAUGAUUAGACCCGACUUCACGAAGGCACUCAUUCGAUACGAUGUCCGCACGGUUUUUAGACACUCAUCACUGUCGAAGUAUGCUAUCUACGACACGCUCACCGGGAAUACGUUCCACGUGGCCAACCAGGAGGAGGUGUCCAUCUGCAUUCUGUCACCGACAGGUCAAAGCUUGGCGUACGUGAAGGAUAACAACGUGUUCUACCGAGCAGCCCUACUCAACCAAGAGGAACGAUCACUGACCAGCGAUGGUGUCCCUGGCGUCAUCUACAACGGCAUCCCGGAUUGGGUGUACGAAGAGGAAGUGUUCGGUACGGACGCCACACUCUGGUUCUCGCCUGAUGGAAGUCGUUUGGCCAUGGCCAGCUUCGAUGAUCGCGAUGUGAAGGAGUUCUCGUACCAUUUGUACGGAUCGCCGGAUGAUGCCGAUCGCCAGUACCCGGAGGAGUUGCGCAUCCGCUACCCGAAGGUGAACACCACCAACCCGAACGUACAUCUGCGUGUAACCGACCUAACCCUAGCCUCCCCUGUGUGGGUUGAACUACCUGCACCCGUGAUCAUCGUCACCGAGGAUCACGUGUUGGGAACGGUCAAUUGGGCCGGCAAUGAUAUGCUUGGUGUCAUUUGGACCAAUCGUCGCCAGAAUGUGGCCACAUUCCAGAAGUGCACGAUGAGCACCGGCUCCUGCACGGAAGCGGUCAGGUUCGAUCGUCCGAAUGGGUGGUAUGAUCUGUACACGCCACGUUGCUAUGGCGCCAAUCGAUGCUUUCUGAUGGGUGACAAUAAUGGAUGGCGUGCCGUGAUGGAAGUCAUCCCCGGUGGUUCUGCACCUGUUCCACGCACCCCGGAAGGAUUCACCGUCUCCUCCAUCAACGGAUACGAUGAGCAGUCGGACGCACUCUACUACACGGCCGUUCCAGCGACUAAUCCACACCACCGACACGUGUACCGUAACCUCGAAUGUUUGACGUGCGGGUUACGGGACGAACUCGAAGACUCGGUGGAAUGCAAUUUCGCGAGCGCAUCCCUCAGCACCAACCUGGCAUACAUGGCGACGACCUGUUCCGGUCCGACGCCAUCUUACACGCAGAUCUACCGCACGUCCGAUCAACAACUGAUCGUGGACUGGGAAUGGAAUCGCGAGCGUCGUGAGCAACUGAAGCAGUACAAAACCGUCCGCGUGCGGUUCCUACGCGUUCCCGUGGGUGAUGGUCAGUACAAGGCAUCCGUGCGGCUCUACCUGCCACCGGAAGUGAACUUCGAGUCACCGGAGGCAACCGGCCGUAGCUUCCCGAUGGUGGUGAACGUGUACGCCGGACCAGAUUCGGUGCGUGUGACGGACAGCUUCGGGGUUGGGUUUGCGAACUACAUGGCCACGACCAAGGGUACGAUCUAUGCGCAGAUCGAUGGUCGAGGUACCGGUAAUCAGGGUUACGAGUUUCUCUUCUCCAUCAACAACCGACUGGGUACGUUCGAGAUGGAGGAUCAGAUUGCGGUAGCUCGCUAUCUGCAGCAGACGUACGCCUUUAUCGAUGCGAAACGUACCGGUAUCUGGGGUUCGAGUUAUGGCGGGUAUGCGACCGCUAUGACCCUCGAGCAAGAUCACGAGCAGGUGUUCCGGUGUGGCAUCUCCGUUGCUCCAGUUACCUCGUGGAUGUUCUACGACUCCAUCUACACCGAGCGGUACAUGGGACGACCCACGGACAACGGAGCUGGGUAUGAUCGCAGCGACAUCAGCAGCUUCACGGAGGAGCUGAAGAAUCACAUGUUCAUGCUGAUUCACGGUACUGCUGAUGAUAACGUGCACUAUCAGCAAUCGAUGGUGUUCAUGCGAGCUUUGUUGGAUCAUGACAUCGAUUUCGAGCAGAUGAGCUAUCCGGACGAGGCCCACUCGCUCUCGGGCGUACAGCGACAUCUGUACCACACGAUGGAUCAGUUCUGGGAUCGCUGCUUUGCUUAAGAGAGUGGCGCAGGCAGGAUAGC